UUUCCGGCCCUUUUCUCCCGACGCCCUUGUUUCCCGUAGGUGUUCUGGUUGUAGCACAAACUCCCCGCACCCGGGGACGGUGCUUUUUGGGUGUGACACCCCGUUGACUGGAACCGGAAGCGCCCGGCACCGUAGAGAGGCGCGGGAUGCACGGUCACGGAGGCUAUGACUCUGAUUUUAGUGAUGAUGAACAUGGAGAGUCCAGCAGAAAGAAGAAAAGGAAAAUUGAAGAUGACUUGUUACUCCAAAAGCCAUUUCAGAAAGAAAAGCAUGGAAAGAUGGCCACUAAGCAAGUUGCAGCAGAAUUACUGGAUAGGGAAGAAGCAAGAAAUAGAAGGUUUCAUCUCAUAGCAAUGGAUGCUUAUCAAAGGCAUACAAAGUUUGUAAAUGACUAUAUUUUAUACUAUGGUGGCAAAAAAGAAGACUUCAGGCGUUUGGGGGAAAAUGACAAGACAGACUUAGAUGUUAUACGAGAAAAUCAUAGAUUCCUGUGGCAUGAAGAGGAUGAAGUGGAGAUGACUUGGGAGAAGAGACUUGCAAAGAAAUAUUAUGAUAAAUUAUUCAAGGAAUAUUGCAUAGCAGAUCUCAGUAGAUACAAAGAAAAUAAGUUUGGAUUUAGGUGGCGAGUAGAAAAAGAAGUAAUUUCGGGAAAAGGUCAGUUUUUUUGUGGAAAUAAAUGUUGUGAUACAAAAGAAGGCUUAAAGAGUUGGGAAGUUAAUUUUGGUUACAUUGAGCAUGGUGAAAAGAGAAAUGCACUUGUCAAAUUAAGGUUAUGUCAAGAAUGUUCCUUUAAAUUAAAUUUUCACCACAGGAGAAAAGAAAUCAAGUCUGGCAAAAGAAAGGCCAAAACCAAAAAAGGCUAUGAGGAGUCAUCAUAUGGAAAAUCCAGGUUGUCUCCUGAAGAAGCUUCCAAGAAGAAAGAUAAAGGGCAUUCAUCCUCAAAGAAAACAGAAGAUUCUAUAAACAAAAACUCUGAUGAGGAGGAAAGUGCUUCAGAGUCUGAACUUUGGAAGGGCCCACUCCCCGAAACAGAUGAAAAGUCACAGGAGGAAGAAUUUGAUGAAUAUUUUCAGGAUUUGUUUCUAUGAGACAGGAGGGAAAAACCUGCAUUCCUUAAGGUGAAAGCUCACUGUUAAAGUUUUAUCUACAAGUUGCAGUUUGAGUGCUUGGUCUUUGGAAAUGAAAAUACGGCCAUUGUCAGGACGUCACAUGCUCCAGAAGUUUACUGGUUAUGCAGACACUUUUGUGGUUGUUGUUCCUUGUGUAUCUUUGGAAUUAUCUUCAAUGUGUUUCGUUUCUAGCCUUCAAUGUAUAGUAUAACAUUUUAAAUGACGUUUAAAUAUGGGCUGAUUGGCAUAAUAAACUGCAGAAGAAGUAACUGAGUUUCUUAUUUUAAAAUACAGCAACACCUCAUUUCAUAAAUGCUUCUGUUCACAAACAAAUCACGUUAUGAACAGAAGCCUUUGACAGCACGUGGCUUCUGUUUGUGAGCUCUGCGUUGGGUGAUGAGCACACGCCAGCCAUCUUCACUGUGGGCAUGAAUGUGGCCCUUGUCUCCAGAGUUGUGGCAUGAAUGAAGUUCAUGAGCCGAGACGAUCGCUGUAGUUAUUAUCAAAGAAUUUCCCUCCAUUAAGUAGUUGUUAAUUAGUUCUACAUAUAUUUAUCAGGCUUCUGUUAUGUAUGAAGCACUGUUCUGGGCAUUGAUAUAAAGGAACUGUCUAGGAAAUAAUUGUGCAGUAAUGUCCAAGCUUCUAUUAAAAAUGUGUUUAUAAAUGUUAAACAUCAUGUGGAAAUCCCCUCAUGUCUUGAAGGUGUUUUUUUAAAAUUAUCUUUACUACCUACAGUGAAUAAAAAGAAUCUUGCAUUUCUGAGGAAAAGUGAAGCGUCCAGAGCAAAACUGAUGAGUCAUGGAACAUAUGUAAACAAUCCUCUCUACGCAUUUCUCACACUGUUUGUUGGCAUAGUCAGUGGUGGUCAGGGGACCCUUGGGACAGAGGCUUUAGGCGUUCUUACACCUGCUCUGAAGCAGAGUUCCUGUAUUUGGCUCAUUCGCACUGGUGACACGUUGCUACCCUCAGUUCAGUUUUGGAUGACUGAGGAGGAGAGGUUUUUUGAGCUGAUCUUGGGAUCAGAAACUAUAUAAAGCUAAUAGAAUAAUCUCUCGUGUAGUUCCUAAAGUAAUAAUGAUGAUCCUAUACGUGAAGUCUCAGAGUUAUUUGAAGUAACAAAUGAAGUGCUUAUAUCACAAACUCAAGAUGAUGACUUAGUCAUAAUUUGUAUUUGUUAUAACAUUUAUUCACAGUAUCAUUCACUUGUAUUUACUGAGUGGUAACCUUGUGCAGCCAUUACUCUGGGUGCCAAAAUGAAAUUUUGAACAAGACAGAUCAAAAUAUCCCUCCUCUUGAACUUUACAUUCUUGUGUGAGAGGGAAAGGUAACUUGUAGAAGUAUGAGCAGAUGUGAUUUAUGUCUUGACUACUGAGAAUUAAUCAUGUUGUUUAUAACAAGAGGUUCAUGAUCUUACAUUUAUAAUUUAGACAUUUUUGACAAAACUAGCAAAAUAUGUGGUGUUAAUGUUCUUCUGUGUUCUAAUUUUGUCUGAUUACAGGUAAGUAAAAGAAGAAAAUAUAAAUUUCUCUGGUACUGAGACAGACACAUACCAUGUAAUGGAAGCCAUUGAUUAUUCCAACUCUCGCUCACUCUCUCCUGGGGGACAAACCGAGAUGCAGCGGUAGGGAACCUUCUAGAGCUUUCGGUGAUGACUAACAGCCUGCUUUGGCAUGAGCGCCUGCGUCUGCCUCACAAACCUUAGAACCUCCUGAGUGCUCUGCUGCUAAGCUGUGUCCCUAGUCCGGUUUUGUUUUGAGACAGGAUCUUACUAGGUUGCCUAGGCUGGCCUCAACUGCAUGAUCCUGCUUUCUAACCCUCUGGAGUAGUUGAGAGUAUAAGGUGUGUGUCACCACACCCAGCUCACAGUUUCUCCUCAUAGGUUAAUAUUUAGAAUGUUUGCUGGAUACUUCUGUUAGUAAUUUUUAAAAGUAGUCUGGGCUGAAGUCUUUCCAGGCUGCUUUUGAUAAAUGAAUUUUCUCCCUUGUCAAAUCAUACUUCUAAUGAUGCAGAAUAUGAACUGAUUUGGCUCACAUUGGGAUUACCCACUAGUAAUUUAUGAACUGAUACUUUCCAUGAGAAUAGUUCUUAGUGUUAAAAAUUGUGUAACAAAAUAAUUGAUUUUAGAGUGUAAAGGGGAAACGUAAGGCAGUGAUACAGUUUUUAAGAAUUACCAAAAGGGGCUUGCUCUCUAUCAUUGCAUUAUCUGGGCAAAAAUGUAAAGAAAUGGCAUUGCAGAAGGAAUAAGAUUCGAUAUCCUUUUUUUUUUUUUUCUUUUGUGUUCUGUACUGUAUUUAUCUUAAUACAUUCUAUAAUGUAUUUAACAUUGACAUGUGGAUAAGAGAUUCUUAGUUCAGGAAGUAGUUUGCAGUACGAGUCACAAAAGAUAAAUGUUGUUGGCUAAAUACUUCCCUCACACCUUCCAAUUUAAGAUUAAAAUGAGGUCAUAGGAGGGGGCCUAAUCCAAUAGCUUGCCAUAAGAAGGAAACUAAUAAACAGACAGAUGGACCACUAUGUGAGGACAGAAGACAAUGGCCGUGUAUAAACCAAUUGAGGUCUCAGAAAACCAGCCCUGCCAACACCUUUGAUAUUAAAAUUCUGAGUGCUAGCCUCCACAGCGACGAGGAAUAAGUAUCUGUCGUUUUUAAUCUACUCCGUCUGGGGUGCUUUUCUAUAGCCUUAGCAAAGCAAAUACAGAUUAUUAACUUUGAAAAAUCU